AUGGCUCGCAGUCGUAUGCAACGGCUCACUGCGCUGGCCACUGCUAAUGCGCUGCUGCCAAUAGCAGCCAUCGUCUUCGCAUUCGGCUUCUUCCCAUACAAGCCGUUACUCCCUGGCCUUGCUACCUUUCCAGAUGCGCAAGAUACGAGUGUUUGGGGUCACGGCCAGCCGGAAGCCAUCUUUGACCGGGUGGUAUUUAUGGUAGUUGAUGCUUUGCGGACCGACUUCGUCUAUGGCUACAACAGUGGCUUUGAGUUCACGCAGAGUCUUAUCCGCAAUGGUGCUGCCAUACCAUUUACAGCUCAUGCCACUCCGCCGACCGUUACCAUGCCCCGAGUAAAAGCGCUAACCACAGGCUCCGUCCCAUCCUUCGCCGACCUGAUCUUCAACCUUGACGAAAGUGGCUCAGGUUCAACACUGGCUACGCAAGACACAUGGCUGGCACAGAUAAAGGUCAAAGGGGGAAAGCUCGUCUUCUAUGGCGAUGACACAUGGCUGCGACUGUUUCCGGGUGACUUCUUCGAGCGCGCAGACGGCACAAGCUCCUUCUUCGUCUCGGAUUUCACGGAAGUAGACAACAAUGUUACACGCCAUGUGCCUGAUGAGCUGAUGAACAGUGACUGGAAUGCUCUUAUCAUGCACUACCUCGGCUUGGACCAUAUUGGACACAAGACGGGACCGAAUGGGCCGAACAUGUUGCCCAAGCAACGCGAGAUGGAUGGCAUUGUGCGAAUGAUUUACGAGUCCAUGGAGAGCAGCGAACAUCUUGCCAAUACGUUGCUGGUGCUUGCUGGCGACCACGGCAUGAAUGCGGGUGGCAACCAUGGCGGCAGUGGGCCUGGCGAGACGGAACCUGCUUUGCUUUUUGCCAGUCCGAAGCUCAAAGCAAGACGUGACAGGAUCGACAUCAAUUGCCCGACCGCGCCCAGAGCUGGCACUGACUUUCACUACUAUCGUAAAGUGGAACAGAGCGAUAUCGUACCGACGCUGGCGGGCUUGAUGCAGUUGCCCAUCCCAAAGAACAGUCUCGGCGUGUUCAUCCAUGAGCUUGCCGGUCUCUGGCCGGAACACAGACAUGGGACGCAGAUCCUGCAUCAGAAUGGCAAACAAGUGAUGCAUAUCGUCGAAGCUGCUUACGGUGUGGAAUCGUUCCGGACGAAGGUAGCAAGCCGGAAACUGCGGGUUGAAUCACUCGAAGAUGCUGGCUUCGACCGCGCAGACGAUGAAAUCGCACGUCUUUGGGUGCGCACAGAGUCUGCUCUACACGAAGCUGCCGCUGAUCAGAUGCGUGACGUGGAGAUUGCCGACCAUACCUGUUUGAGCUUUCUCAUCGAAGCCCAAGAAACACUGAGCAAUGCCGCCAGCACCUAUGACGUCCCUCGGAUGGUUGCGGGCAUUGUUCUCAGCAUGCUCGCUGCCGCGUUCGCAGCUUUGUCCAUACCCGCGGUAUGGCCGCCAAGCACAGCAGGCGUCUUUUUUGCCCUAAUUGCUCUGCUUUACGGCAUGAUGAUGUUUGCCAGCAGCUUCGUCGAGGAGGAGCAGCGGCUCUGGUACUGGCUCACACCGGCAUGGGUUUCUCUGCUGUUAGUGAGGAGCAUUGUGAGAACACGAGACGCACGGAACAAGCUUCGAGCUGCAAUUUCCGGGUUGGGUAUACUCGCCGUCCACCGCUUAGCUAUAGGCUGGGACCAGACGGGCCAGAAGCACGCCGGCGAGCCCGACAUUGUGCAUACUUUCUUCCCAAAUUACCACGCCCUAAUGUGGAUGCUCGUGCUUAUUACGUACCUUUAUUUUGGUUUCAAGGUGGCGCAGCGGAGUCUCAUGGAUAUCAUCGCUCCGGACAACGCCGCUGUCGUUGCCUUCAUCCUGGUGGCACCAGCCAUCGUUUUCAAAUUGAACUUCACGCAAGCCGAUGCACCAGAACUGGUCCAGCGAAUAGGCUUGCAAAUCAGGAGCUGGACGCGACCAUUCAGUCUGGUCGCUCAAGCGCAACUUGCCUUCGCACUGCAGGGCCUUGUCACGAUCGCAGUGGCUGCGCUCGCGGUUGGCUUAGCGCGAGGAAGUGUCAUCGGCAAGCGUAAUGGACCAGCAGUCCGAGUCACGUUGGCGGAGAGACUUCAUUACGUGUUAUCGUUGUUUUUGACGAUGCAGACUCGGGCACCGAACAUACCGCUCUUCCUAGGUCUUGAAGCGCAAAGAGCAGCACUGGCGUAUCUGCUACACUCCACCGAUGAGAACCACAAAACCCAGCUGCGUCGUAAUGCCCUCAUCUCAAGCACCGAACUUGCCACAACCGCACUGCUUUUCUCUCACACGUACUUCUUCUGCAUGGGCGGCUCGAACUCUAUCUCCAGCGUUGACCUAAGCAACGCAUACAAUGGCGUAGGCGGCUACAACAUCGUAGCCGUGGGCGUCCUCCUCUUUGCAAGCAACUGGGCUGGACCUAUCUGGUGGUGCAGCGCAGCCUGUACUGUCACGUUCCGCAAGUUGGCCAACCCUUCAGCCGACAAACUUUUGCGAACAGAAGAUCAGCGAUCGUGGAUUUACGCAGAGCGGACGAAACUGCAAAGGGAUGCAGCUCAAACAACAGCCGAGCCUGCAGAGGGCCAUACUGUGCCUGACAGCUGGCUUGAGUACGCCUCGCUUAUGACGGUUUUCGUAGCUACUGGUUUGCUUGCGGUAAUGGCAGCGUGUACAGCAUUACGCACGCACCUAUUCAUCUGGACGGUGUUCAGUCCAAAGUACCUGUAUGCGCUGGCGUGGUGUAUAGGCUGGCACAUGGUCGUCAAUAUCGGAUUCGGGAGCCUACUAAGGUGGCUCGGAAACCAUGGGUGA